AAAACUAUAUUAUUAAAAAGACAGUUCUAAUCUUCAAUUUCAACCGUUAAAACUUUUAAUAUAUAUCCAACGGUUUAUUUUGAUCAGGGUACGGACGAAACGUAGAAAGUUGAAAUGAAGAGUCAAGUGAAGUCUCCUCCCAUCAGUUCAACUCAUUUCUUACGACCAAUUCCUUUCCUUUGCAUUUUUGUUUGCUACUCUGAUCAUCAAUCACUUGCUUUCUGUUGAGAUCAUGGCAUUAGCUGUGGUAGGUGGUGCGCUCCUCUCUGCUUUCUUUGACGUUCUUUUCGACAGGCUUGCCUCCCCUGAGGUUCUCAACUUUAUCCGAGGAAAGAAGCCUGACAAGUUGCUUCAAAAGGUGAAAACCCAGCUCAUAGUUGUCAGAGUUGUGCUUGCUGAUGCUGAGAAGAGACAGAUCACAGACUCCAAUGUCAAAGAGUGGCUCGAUCUUCUCAGAGAUGUUGUGUAUGAGGUUGAUGACUUACUUGAUGAAAUUUCUACUAAAGCUGCUACUCAAAAGGAGGUAAGCAAUUCAUUUUCUCACCUUUUCAAAACGAAGAAGAUUGUUAGUAUUACUAAGUUGGAAGACAUAGUUGAAAGAUUAGAUGACAUUUUAAAACAAAAAGAGAAUCUUGAUUUGAAGGAGAUUCCCGUGGAGAGCUACCAGCCAUGGAAAGCUCAGCCAACAUCUUUGGAAGAUGGAUAUGCUAUGUAUGGUAGAGAUAAAGAUAAGGAUGCCAUAAUGAAGAUGGUGUUAGAGGAUAGCACCAAUGGUGAAACAGUGUCUGUGAUCCCUAUUGUAGGCAUGGGUGGGGUUGGAAAAACCACUUUGGCAAGAUCUGUGUUCAACGAUGGCAAAUUGAAGCAGAAAAUAUUUGAUUUAAAGGCAUGGGUUUGUGUUUCUGAUAUAUUUGAUAUUGUGAAGGUCACAAGAACUAUGAUAGAGGAAAUUACCCGAAAGCCUUGUAAAUUGAGUGAUCUAAAUGCUCUUCAACUUGAGCUGAUGGACGAACUGAAGGGUAAAAGAUUAUUGAUUGUGUUGGAUGAUGUUUGGAUCGAGGAUUGUGACAAUUGGAGUAGUCUUACAAAACCAUUUCUAAGCGGGAUUAGGGGCAGUAAAGUUCUGAUCACAACCCGCAAUGAAAAUGUAGCGGCUGCAGUGCCUUUUCAUACUGUUGAAGUAUAUCAUCUAAGCAAAUUGUCAAAUGAAGAUUGUUGGUUGGUAUUCGCAAACCAUGCAUUUCCUCCCUCAGAAGCCAGUGAGACUAGAGGAACUCUAGAAAAGAUUGGAAAGGAGAUUGUUAAAAGGUGCAAUGGGUUGCCGUUAGCGGCACAGUCACUUGGAGGAAUGUUGAGAAGAAAGCAGACUAUUAGAGAUUGGAAUAAUGUACUUCAAAGUGACAUUUGGGAACUUCCUGAAAAUCAGUGUAAAAUUAUUCCAGCACUCAGAAUCAGUUAUAAUUAUCUCCCUCCACAUUUAAAACGGUGUUUCGUUUAUUGCUCAUUGUACCCCAAAGAUUUUGAAUUUGAAAAAGAUGAACUGAUCCAGCUGUGGAUGGCUGAAGAUCUUGUAAAAGCAGCGAAAAAAGGAAAGACUUUAGAAGAAGUUGGUCAAGAGUAUUUUUAUGAUUUGGUUUCGAGAUUCUUUUUUCAAUCUUCAAGUCGGAGUGGGGGUGCUUACUUUGUAAUGCACGACCUCAUUCAUGAUCUAGCAACAUUUCUUGGUGGGGACUUCUAUUUCAGAACAGAUGAACUUGAGAAAGAAACCAAUAUCGACAGAAAGACUCGUCAUUUGUCAUUUACAAGAUUCAGUGAUCCAGUCUCGGAUAUUAAAGCUUUUGACACAGUAAAAUUUCCAAGAACUUUCUUGCUAAUCGAUUAUAAAGAUUCCCCAUUCAACAACGAAAAGGCACUGCAUAUUAUAGUGUCAAGGCUUAAGUACUUGAGAGUUUUAUCGCUUUGGAAAUUCCAAAGUCAACUUGCUCUGCCUGAUUCAGUUGGUGAAUUGAUACAUUUGCGUUAUCUAAAUCUCUCUCGUAUAAGUAUAGAAACUCUGCCGGAGUCACUAUGUAAUUUGUGCAAUCUACAAACUUUGAAGUUGUCUUAUUGCUCUGAGCUGACUAAGUUGCCUAGUUCCAUGCAGAAUCUUGUAAACUUGCGUCAUCUUGAAAUUUUUGGUACUCGCAUAAAAGAGAUGCCUAAAAGAAUGGGGAAACUAAAUCAAUUACGCACCUUGGAUUGUUAUGUUGUGGGCAAGCAUACAGAGAAUAGCAUCAAAGAACUGGGAGGACUUCCAAAUCUCCAUGGUACGUUUUAUGUUCAGAAAUUAGAGAAUGUUACCAAAGGCGAAGAAGCAUUAGAGGCCAGGAUAAUGGAUAAGAAUCAUAUUAGCAAUCUAUCCUUGGAAUGGUCUAUAGCUAACGACAAUAGCAUCGACUUCCAAGUUGAGUUAGAUGUACUCAGCAAGUUAGAACCUCACCAAGAUCUGGAAGCGUUGUCCAUAAUCGGUUAUAAAGGAACCAGAUUUCCGGAAUGGGUGGGGAAUUUUUCCUACCUCUACAUGACAAGUAUAGGUUUAUAUAAUUGUAACAACUGUUGCAUGCUUCCUUCACUUGGGCAACUACCGUCUCUCCGUAACCUUUUUAUUUCAAACAUGAAUUCGGUGAAGACUAUUGAUGCAGGCUUUUAUAAGAAGGAUGAUUGUUCAUCUGUGACGCCCUUUCCAUCCCUUGAAUCUCUACACAUUUCUAAUAUGCCUUGUUGGGAGGUGUGGAAUUCUUUUGAUUCAGAAGCUUUUCCUGUGCUCAAGAAUCUGUAUAUAGAAAAGUGCCCCAAACUAAAGGGAGAUCUGCCAAAUCACCUUCCUGCUCUGCAAACACUCGAGAUUAGAAAUUGCGAGCUUCUUGUCUCUUCUGUCCCAGGGCCUCUCACCCUUCGGACACUAGAGAUACGUAAAUGCAAGAAAGUAGCGUUUCGUGAGUUUCCUCUUUUGGUGGAAAGUAUAAAAGUAGAAGGAGGCCCAAUGGUGGAGUCCAUGAUGGAGGCCAUCUCUAACAUCCAACCUACUUGCCUGCAAUCUUUGAAAUUACAAAAUUGUUCGUCAGACAUAUCUUUUAGAGGUGGUCGUCUUCCUGCAUCUUUGAAAACUCUUGAUAUCAGAGGUAUAAACAAACUGAAAUUCCCGUUGCAACACAAACACGAAUUACUGGAAUCACUUUCAAUAAUUAAUAGUUGUGAUUCGCUCACGUCCCUUCCAUUGGCUAUCUUCCCAAAUCUCACUAGUCUUCAAAUCACAAACUGUGAAAAUAUGGAAUCACUUUUGGUCUCAGGGUCAGAGAUUUCGAAGAGACUGAACACUUUUGCGAUUGACCACUGUCCCAACUUUGUAUCAUUCCCGGGAGAAGGAUUGUGUAUGCCCAAUUUGACUAGCUUCACUGUUUGUAAUUGUGACAAGUUGAAGUCGUUGCCCGAUCAGAUGGGAACUCUUGUCCCAAAGAUGGAAUAUCUUUCAAUUUCCAACUGUCAACAAAUUGAGUCAUUCCCUGGAGGAGGUAUGCCACCUAACUUGAGAACAGUUUGUAUUGAAAAUUGUGUGAAACUACUGAGCAACCAAGCAUGGGUAGGCAUGGACAUGGUUACCUCUCUCAGUGUGUGGGGUCCAUGUGAUGGCAUCAAAUCCUUCCCAAAGGAGAGUUUGCUGCCUCCCUCCCUUGUGUCUCUACAUCUAUCUAAUUUGUCUAGUCUGGAAACGUUGGAUUGCAAGGGCCUUCUCCAUCUCACAUCACUCCAACAAUUAAACAUUGAAAGGUGUCAAAAGCUGGAGAAUAUUGCGGGAGAAAAGCUGCCUCUCUCUCUAAUAGAAUUAACGAUAUAUAAAUGUCCCUUGCUGAAACAACGAUGCCACAGUACGGACCGCCGAAUUUGGCCUAAAAUCUGCCAUAUCCGUGGGAUAAACAUUGACGGUAGAUGGAUUUAACGAGCAUGGAUAAUGAGAAGACAUGCUGGAUUGGCUUGGUGAAACUGCAGCUGUCCAUUGUAAUGUACUGCCCUCUACGAGGUCAUCACUUUUGUGUUUGAUUUAUAGAUUUGGGUUGAAUGCAUCUGAAAGCUAUAUCCCAGCAUGCAGAGGAUGAAUUUCUCAUUGUGCUUAUUAUUCGCCCUCCUAUAGUUAACGUCAAUUUUGUAACGUAUAUGGGAAGUCCUAAUUUCAAUCUUUACGUAGAAUGCAAUUUGUCUUUAUUCUUCCGUAUUGUUAUUACUUAUUGUAUCGGGUAUAGUGUAUAUCAAACGGUUAUUAAUUAUUAACCGUCCGGUCACUACCACAAUAAUGGUCAACCAGGCCAUCACGGAAUCAACUAAGGUCAACCACGUUAAAUGGUGUUGGGCCAUAAUUGGUCCACCACUUAAGGUAUUAUUGGGCCACUAGUCCAGCAAAAGAUAAAAUAAUCAAAGAUAUAUGAUUAAAGAUAUUGAUAAAGCCAUUUAUGAGUAACUAACCAGAUCGGUUGUUUUUAUUUGAUCUAUGAAACACUUAUAAAUACACUCACAGGACCAAAGGCCAAAUACGUUCAACUAAGACUCCAUUUUGUUCUACUUACGAUCAGGACUUCAAGAGCACAACCGAACGACGUCAAGAGUCCAACUGAACGGCAUCCAGAGUCCAAGCGAGCGGUACAAGCAACUCAGGCAUCGAAAAGCAAGAAGAUUACGGCAAAAAGGUUUUGGUGUAGAGGAAAGCUGGUAGGUUGUGGAGUUGAUGUCUUUGCUUGUGGGUUGAAGAGUUAUUGAGAAGAGCAGGUACUUGAAGUUUUGCUUUAGUACAAGAGCUCAUUGCCAUUGGUGAAAAACAGAUAACAAUGGAUCGGAGUUGGAUAAAUUUGAUACGUACAACAAAUGAAUAUGAGAGUGGAGUAGAACAAUUUCUUGAAUUUGCAAAGAUGAAUGUUCCAGACAAUAACGGAAGAUUCUAUUGUUCGUGUGUUAAUUGUUUGAAUGAGCGAAAACUACCAACUGAAGUUAUUCGAGAGCAUGUUCUAUGUGAUGGAUUCCUAAAGAGCUACACAAAGUGGACAUGGCAUGGUGAGUUAAUAGACAUGCCAAGUGUAAGUGACUCUCAAGUAAAAGUAGAAGAAGUUGAUUUAGAGAUGGGUGAUCGGUUAGAGGACAUGAUAUGUGAUGUCGGACAUGAUUCCUUCCAACGUGCUCAUAUGUAUGACAACUUGUGCAGUGACGCAGAAAAACCUUUAUAUCCAGAAUGCACUAAGUUUACUCGAUUGUCAGUUGUGUUAAAAUUGUUCAAUGUGAAAGCAAGAAAUGGGUGGACUGAUAAAAGCUUCACAGAGCUGCUUGAGUUGUUGAGUGACAUGCUUCCUAAAGGUAACACAUUGCCAACACGCAAUUAUGAUGCGAAGAAGAUAUUGUGUCCCAUGGGUAUGGAGUAUAAAAAAAUUCAUGCAUGCCCGAAUGAUUGUAUUUUGUACAAGAGCAAGUUUGCCAAGUUACAUCAAUGUCCAUAAUGUGGGGUAUCACGAUACAAACAAAAAAAGAGUGAGUUUGAAUGUGAUAGGAAGGGUCCUCCUGCAAAAGUCUUGUGGUAUCUUCCUCUUGUUCCACGAUUGAAACGCUUGUUCAGUAACUCAAAUGAUGCAAAACUCAUGAGAUGGCAUGCAGAUGGACGUAUAAAAGAUGGGAAUUUGAGGCAUCCAGCAGAUGCAAUGCAGUGGAAGAAUUUUGAUUCCAUGUUCCCUAAUUUCUGUGAAGAUUCAAGAAACAUUAGGUUUGGACUUGCUACAGAUGGAAUGAAUCCAUAUGGAAACUUGAGCAGUAAACAUAGCUCGUGGCCAGUGAUGUUAGUGAUUUACAAUUUACCUCCAUGGUUGUGUAUGAAACGCAAAUAUGUGAUGUUAUCCUUGAUGAUAUCGGGUCCAAGACAACCAAGAAACGACAUUGAUGUUUAUUUAGCCCCAUUAGUUGAAGAUUUAAAGAUGUUAUGGGAGGAAGGUGUUGAUAUGUUUGAUGGAUACACUGGUGAUUCAUUCAAGUUGCAUGCCAUGGUAUUUUGUACUAUCAACCACUUUCCAGCUUAUGGUAAUUUAAGUGGCUAUAACACUAAGGGUCAUAAAGCAUGCCCUAUAUGUGAAGAAGACACAUGUCAUCGUCAAUUACAACAUGGAAGGAAAACAGUAUACCUUGGACAUCGAAGGUUUCUUAGUACAAACCAUCCAUAUCGUAAAUUAAAGAAAGCAUUUGAUGGGUGUCAAGAAAAUGAAUUAGCUCCAAUGGAUUUAAGUGGAUCACAAGUAUAUGAGCGUGUGAAGGACAUUGGUGUUGUUCUUGGAAAGACACAAAAAAAAGGCACUUCAAGCAACAUAUGGAAGAAAAGGUCAAUUUUAUUUGAUCUCCCAUAUUGGAGGGUGCUUGAUGUCAGACAUUGUUUAGAUGUUAUGCAUGUAGAGAAAAAUGUUUGUGAUAGUAUCAUCGGAACGCUCCUCAAUAUUCAAGGGAAAAUGAAAGAUGGACUCAAUGCUCGCUUGGACCUGGUUGAAAUAGGUAUAAGAGAACAAUUAGCUCCAAUAUCACAUGGUAAGAGGACAUACUUGCCUCCAGCAUGUCACACAUUGUGUAAACAAGAAAAAAGAGUUUUUGUGAAUUUUUACAAGGUGUGAAAGUUCCACUGGGUUACUCUUCUAAUUUUAAACGAGUUGUAUCCAUGAAAGAUCAUAAAUUACUUGGGUUAAAAUCUCAUGAUUGUCAUGUAUUGAUGCAACAACUACUACCAGUGGCUAUACGGGGCAUAUUGCCUAAGAAUGUUAGAUACACAUUAACAAGAUUGUGCUUCUUUUUCAAUGCAAUAUGUAGUAAAGUUAUUGACAUUGAGAAGUUGGAUCAACUAGAAAAUGAGGUUGUGGUCAUAUUGUGUCAGUUGGAGAUGUACUUUCCUCCAUCAUUCUUUGAUAUUAUGGUGCACUUAAUUAUUCAUCUAGUAAGAGAAGUUAGAAUUUGUGGUCUAGUAUUAUUACGAUGGAUGUACCCUAUUGAGCGAUACAUGAAGAUAUUAAAAGGUUAUGUAAAGAACCAAUAUCGUCCUGAAGCAUCAAUAGUUGAAAGAUAUAUUGCUGAGGAAGCUAUCGAGUUUUGUACAGACUACUUAUCAGAUGUUGAAGCUAUAGGGGUACCUAGGUCUCGUUACCAUGGAAGAGGUGUUGGUAAGGGUACUAGAAGUGCAAAAGUUGUCACCCUGAAUAGAGCUGAAAUUCUACGAGCACAUAUGUAUAUAUUGAAUAACACUGAAGAAGUCAUCCCCUACUUAAGUGCUCAUAAAGAUAUAGUUAAGAGAAAUAAUCCACGAAUGCCUCAAAAGUGGGUCAUUAAUGAACACAACAGAACCUUUUUAAAGUGGUUUAAACAACAAGUUCAAGCUGACCAUACAACUUCUGAUACAUUAAAUUGGCUAUCAAGUGAGCCAAACUUUGAUGUCAUAUGUUGGUGUGGGUAUGAUAUAAAUAACUACACAUUUCAUACACAAAAAGAAGAUGAAAAAAGCACCACUCAAAAUAGUGGAGUAAUGGUUGUGGCCGAGUCAAUGCAUUUCUCGAGUUCAAAGGACAAAAAUCUUGUGAUGGCAUCCAUGUGCUACUUUGGUGUAAUUAAAGAUAUUUGGGUGAUAGAUUACACAAGUUUUAGAGUACCUGUUUUUAAAUGUAAGUGGGUUGAUGGUCGUGAGGACAGAUGAUCUAGGUUUUACAUUGGUUGACCUAGAAAAGGAAGGUUAUACUGAAGAGACAUUUAUCAUGGCAUCUCAGGCAAAACAAGUGUUUUAUGUCACUGAUCCCGAAGACAAUAGAUGGUCAGUGGUGCUCAAAGGUAGAACAAUGCAUUAUACUGAUGAGAAUGAUGAAGUCGUUCUUGAUAUUAGUGAAACUCCAUCUUUCUCAUCAAAUAUGCCAACCUUGAAUGUCGAUAAUGAAGUAGACGACGUCCAUGCCAUACGUGAUGAUCAUCACGAAGGGUUGUGGGAGAACAUUGCAACUUGACAAUGGAAAUGUCUAGUGACGCACCAUCUAGUGACCUCCCACCUUCACAAGGUGCGAAUGACAUUCAUACGCCUACCCGAAAAAAAGGUAGGUCUGGGACAAGGUUGAGAGAGUUGGUAGCCACCCGCAACGCUGAUCAUAGGCUUCCCAUUCGUUUUGAUAUGCACAAAAUUCAUUAGUUAUGUGGCCUUGCUCGGUAGAAGCAAGGCAUCCAUUCUUUGUGAUGAUUGGGAUCAUGUUCCAGAGAAUGUGAAGAACUAGAUAUGGUAGAGCAUCCUGGUCACAUAUGACGUCCCAAACACUAAUCUAUUGAGGACGAAAUGGAUUUCAUAUGUCGGGGAAAGAUGGAAGAAUUUCAAGACUAUGCUUAGAAGUCAUUAUAUUUAUGGUUCCAAAACUGAUAAAAGCCCUUGUGAAAAGUAUCAAUUUCUUGAUGAGGAAACAUGGCAAACCUUUAAGUUGAAGCGAUUAGAUCCUGCCUUUCAGGCUAAGAGGAGAGCUGCACAAGAGAUCGCAAAGAAAAAUGUCCACCCUCAUAUAUUGUCUCGUGGGGGUUAUGAGAAAUUGUAGCAGAAGAUGAUGAAAGAGGCAUCUGCCUCUAAUCCUAUUGGGGCCUCCGAUACGAGUGCCAUAACUAGUCUUCCACGCCAUGUUACAUGGAAGAGAGCUCGUCAAAGACCAUCUGGGGAGUACACAUCUGAGGAAACCGCGAGCAUAGCUAGGCGCAUUGAUGAGUUGGUCGAGCAAAGCACACAAGGUACAUUCACUCCCGAGGGCCGUGAGGACAUAUUGGCAGUUGCCAUUGGUCGUCCAGAGCAUUCUGGACGUGUUCGAGGUGUGGGUAAAUUUAUUGGCAUCCGUCAAUUCUUCGAUCCUCCAACAAGUCAUCAUAGUAAAGCCCAUGUCAGUGAGGAGGUCCUCAAGGGUAUAAGAGAAGAAAUUAGACAAGAGAUGAGGGAGGAGAUCAACGAGAUGAAGAAAGAGUACGGUGAUAUGAGAGCAUAGUUGAAGAAGGAGUACUCUGAUAUGCGGGCACAAUUGUUAGCAGAUGUGCGAGCAGAAUUCACCUCCUCCUCAAGCCAACCUAGGAAUUUCCCUCAACCUUCUCAUCUUUGUAUAAGCACAAAGGAGAGUUGUGAUGUUUCUCCUCAAAACGCUUCUCCCACUAUUGAUGCAGACUACGAGUUGUUUAGUGAUGAUGCCCUACAGUGCUUGGUGGCCUUAGGUAAAAUGUAUACAUUGGGGUCAACCAUGCACCAUGAAACCAUUACAACUGAUAUGAUGAGAGUGGUGGUUGUAGACGUACGAGAUGCUACAGCUCGAGUCCCUGUGCCCACUGAGGAUGUUCAGACAGUGGGACAGGCCCCUGGAAAUUUUAUCCUUUGGCCCCUUAGAUUUUCAAGAGCAAUUGUAAAGAAGGUUGAAGCACAAGGGCAGGAAGAUAUGAAUGAAUCACUGCAACAACAGUCGCAGCCGUCACAAAAAAUAAUUCUAGAACAACUUGGUGUGUUAGCAGUGAAGAUCUCCCUUUCUCCUAUAGAGUUACAAAUGCCUCCUGAAGUCACAAACAGGACAUCUUCGCUCUCUUUCUUCAUAUGUCAGAAGGAUAUUUUUGAAAUUCUCUCUGGCACUGAUAUGUUAUGUAUAUCAAUACUACAACUUUGGUUGUUGUAUUUACAUCGGUUGACUAUUGAAAAGACGAAUGAUCACAUUUAUGGUUUUAUUGACCUUGUUGCCAUUCAAGGAGUUGGGAAUAAAGGUGAAGAGGUCCAAAACUACCUCUUAGAGGCUUUUGUAAACGGAAAAAAGCAAGUGUACUUAGCACCUUAUUUGCAACAUUCUCUUAUGUUCAUUGCACAAAAAACCUCACACUUUGACAAUUAAAAAUACACUAAUAUUAGUGGUUGAGGCAUAUUCAAGGUUGCAGGGAACACAUAUCGUCUCUAGAAAGAAGUUGUAGUUCAUUGCACCAACUUGCUCACGUCAACUGGGAAGCUUUGAGUGCGGAUAUUAUGUCAUGAGACACAUGCAGAAAAUUAUAUCCGCAAAUGUCGUUGACUCAUGAAAAUUGAUAUUUGAUGACACGUCUCCAAUGGAACAACAUGUCAUAAAGGAUGUUCGGGAGCAAUGGGCUGCAUUUCUUUUAACCAUUUGUAAAUGAUUGGAUGCUUCAAUAUUACAUUUUGAGUUUAGGAACUAUUAUAUGUGUAAUAUGUUAAGUAACUAUGUUAGGUAAAUAUAGCUAGGAACUUUGUUAGGUAAAUAUUACAUUUUGAUGUGUUAAUGAAAACAAUAUUGAUUA